AUGGAUGUUCGACCUGACGACGUAUCAAAGGCGUUUGACAAAGUUCCAUCUUUUGGAAUCCCUGUUGGCUUAUGCAAAUGGAUCUCCGAUUUUCUUGUUGGACGAUCAAUAAGAGUAGUCCUCGAUGGCUUCACUUCAAGUCAGCAACCGAUUAAGGCUGGCGUCCCUCAGGGAUCGGUGCUGUCUUCAACACUAUUUCUACUGCACAUCAACAAUUUGCUCAAACCUGGUACGUUUGGGAACUCGUCGAACUGGAAAGCGUACCGUUUGGCCAACCAGCAGGCGUCCGCUAGCGACAAGAGCGGUCGGCCAAACGGGCAGCGGACCGGUCCGCACUCCACCCGCCACCAGGGCCCAAGGACUCAGAACCAACGGGUUCUGAGGGCUCUGGGCAUGACCUCCGCCAUUUCUUCAGCCGAUCCGAAGCCCGUGGACUUCGUGAAGACCAACGAGCUGAAGGAAUGUCUCGUGACAUUCAACGUGUUCGAGCCCGAAGCAGAGACGUUCCAUCGCAUGGAGGUGCUCGGGUCUCUGAACCGUUUGGCGAAGCAGUGGCUCCAAGAGGAGCUGCUGCGAAGGAACGUGCCAACGAAUGUCGACGAGACUGGUGGAGGAAACAUCUUCACCUUCGGCUCCUAUCGCCUCGGGGUACACUGCAGUGGCGCCGAUAUCGACGCUCUGUGUGUUGUACCCCGGUACAUCGAUAGGGCCGAUUUCUUUAAAUCGUUCCUUGAACUGCUGAAGGAGCAGCCUGAGGUCAAGGAAUUGCGAGCGAUCGAGGAAGCGUUCGUUCCGGUCAUGAAGAUGAAGUUCGAUGGCGUCGAAAUCGACUUGCUAUUCGCGAGGCUGUCUCUUCAUGCCAUACCGGAAAACCUUGACCUCAGCAGUAACGAGCUGCUUAGAUACCUCGACGAGAAGUGCGUCCGCUCACUCAACGGGUGCAGAGUGACGGACGAGAUUAUCCGCUUGGUCCCCAACGCGGAUAACUUCAUGCUGGCCCUGAGAGCUGUCAAACUUUGGGCCAAACGUCGAGGUAUCUACUCAAACAGCCUGGGCUUCUUGGGCGGCGUGUCGUGGGCGCUGCUGCUGGCUCGCGCCUGCCAGCUGUACCCCACGGCGCUGCCGGCGACGCUGCUGAACAAAUUCUUCCUCGUGUUCAGCCAGUGGAAGUGGCCGCAGCCUGUGCUGCUCAAGAAGCCCGAGAACGCAGGGUUCGGCUUCCAAGUUUGGGACCCACGGGUGAAUCUAUAUGAUCGGUAUCAUCUGAUGCCGAUCAUCACCCCGGCGUAUCCUCACCAGAACUCGACAUAUAAUGUGUCCGAGUCGACCCGCACCAUUAUCAUGGAGGAGUUUAGAAAUGGUCUGGCGAUAACGGAGGAGGUAAUGGAGGGCAAAUGUGGUUGGGACCGUCUCUUUGAGACGCCCAACUUCUUUGCUCGCUAUAAGCACUUCAUCGUGCUCUUGGCUUCCUCCAACAGCGCUGAAGACCAGCUCCAGUGGUGCGGGUUCACUGAGAGCAAGAUACGCCACCUUGUCUCAAGCUUGGAGCGGAACCAACCCAUCUCCGUAGCACACGUGCACCCAGUGUGCUAUCCCAGCGUGCCGCUCCACACCAACAACGGGCAGCCGAUGGCUUUGGCACCAGGUUCCUCGGCCUCUGAAGUGGCAGCAGAGGUCAAGACCGAAGAUGGUGUCAAAACCGUCAACGGAGAUGGGAAACCAAGCUACUGCUCGAUGUGGUUCAUCGGCCUGGCGUUCGAGCAGCACAAUGUCUCCGUGGACUUGACAUAUGACAUUAUGUCGUUCACGAAAACAUUGUGCUACCAGGCCGAUAGGAGCGACGUGUCGCGAGUCGGCAGGACGAUUGAGGCCCGUUAUGUUCGCCGCAAAGAGCUCCGGCAGUACCUUUGCGAGUCGCUUCUGGAAGGCGCAUUGGCAGCAGGCGACAAGCGACGCCGUGCCAAACGCGAUGCGCCAUCCAAGAAGCGACGAGUGGAGGAAGCUGACGGAGCUUGA